AUGAAUGGCGCGAAGCAUAUGUUGAAGAUUUUGUUAUUUAAAUUUAAUUUUUUUAAAAUCAAAAAAUGUUUAAGAUAAUUCGUUUGGGUCCUAGAUCUAAUUAUAGAUGGAUACAUAGUUCUUGUAGUCUAAGUCGACGACAUUCGCGUCCUGGUUCAUCAAGUGAAGUCGGUUUAGAAGAAUUGAUCACCGAUAAACCUCCAAAUGAAUAUGAAACUAUACGACAAAAGCUCGAUAGAAUAAACUAUUAUGAUAAUCCGAUUCGGACAAAAAAUAUUGGUUUCGAUGACAGCACAAAACUAUAUCAAAGUUUUCUAAAUCAAGCCGGUAAUAUUGUUUUGAAGCAUUCGAAAGUGACAGAUGAAAACGAUGAAGAAUUUGAUGAACGUGAUGAUGGCAAGGAUAUCAAAUUGGAACGUGAAGAUUAUGAUAAAUUAUCAUCAUAUUAUCCAUUCACUCGACAGUACAUUGAAACAACCAUUCAACUCGCUCAUCACUAUGCUAUAUAUCGUGAUUUAUUCUUUCAGGAACCAUUUAUGAAUGAAACCAGUCAGGAUUUGAUUGCAGCCAAUGCCAAGGAUGAGGUUAAAUUUCACAAAUUAGAACACCGAGAAUUGUAUCAUUUUAGUCCGUUAGUACCAAUCACGGCUAUUUUCUCAUCAUCCAAUAAUCAAAGCAACAAAGACGAAGAGAUUACUUACCUAAAAUCAUUUCGGGGUAAUCUUAUACCUGCGGAAUAUGGUCGAUUACCACCUCAAAUUCUUAUCAAUACAUCGGGAAUAAAUGAUGGUGAUUUUGAUAUUAACGAAGUGCCCACAUCAUCCAAUUUGGUCACGAUAAAUAGUGGUCAGAAACCUGAUUUAAAUUUUUACACAUUAGCUCUAGUCAAUCUAGAUUCUCAUUUUUCCGAUUCUGGUGUUUGUCAUUGGAUGAUUGGGAAUAUUUGUCGUGAUGGUGAUAAAACCAUUUAUGACACGUUCAUCGAUUAUCUUCCUGUCUAUGCUAUUCGUGGUCUUGGUUAUCAUCGUUAUGCAUUCGUUUUGUUUCAAUCUGAUCAAAAAAUUCAUCAAUUUGAAAGAAUAACAGAUUUUGAUCUAGGCCGAAGAAAAUUUAAUGGCUUAUCGUUUAUGUCGAUGAAUUCUGAUGUUCAAAUCAGACCAAUUGGAUUAUCCUGGUUUCAAACCACGUGGAGUGAUUAUUGUAAAUCCAUUUUUCAUGAUAUUCUAAAUAUGCGAUGUCCAACAUAUGAAUAUAUUUUCCCCAAACAAUCCACACAAUUCAAUCAACUACAAUAUCCAGGAAGAGCUCCUUUUAAUCUAUAUUUGGAUGCUUUCCGUAAUCCAAAAGAUCUAUCAAAAGAAGUUCUAUUAGAACGAUUAAAAUCGAUAAAUCCUAUGGAAUCAUAUGAUACGGAUAAAAUGUUUCCAACUUAUGAAGGUCGACCGAAAUUUCCACACAUACAUCCGCAUCCACCAAAUACACCGGAUUGGUUAAAAUCAACACUUAUUCGUAAACGAUCACAAGUUGGCCGUUUUCGUGGCCUACGAGCAUCAUCGGCUAUUUUACCAUACAAUAACAAUGCCGAUCUCGAUAGACCUAAAUGGCCACGAAUAUCUGCCGAUGUUCAUCCAUUAAAUGUACCGAAUCCAUAUCCAGAUACAAAACGACGUCCUAAACCACUUCGUGAUACCCUUUGGUCAAAACCAUUACCUGAACACCAUUCAUUGCGAAUAGAUUUUCCAGAAAAUCUUCAAGAUAAUGAUAAAAGUAAUCUGGAGAAAACACCAUCAACAUCAUAAAUUAUCUUUACAUAUUAUUAUUACAGCACAAUUAGACAUUAUUUUAUGUUUAAUUGUUUUUU